UGCUGCACCGGAUGGCAGCACGGUCGAUGGGCAGCCACGCGACGCGACGACCGUGGCUGCUCUGCGCCGACUUUGAUGACACCAUCAGCGCGAAGGACACGAUCCAAGACCUUGCGCUCCUGGCGUGCGCGGCUCGCGGCGCGUCGUCGGCUAUGUGGUCCCAGCUCAGCCAGCAAUAUAUGGACGAGUACACGCCAGCGAUGGCCUCGAUUCCACGCACGUCGCCGUCCGUGGCCUACGAUCAUAGCGGCUUGGCGACCUUCUUGCGAACGUUCAGCGCUGUGGACAAGUCGUCGAUUGACCGCGUGGUUGCCAGCAGAGUCUUGGCCGGUCUCUCGCAUGCUGCGAUUGCUGACGGCGCCACGUCACUCGUGACGCUCCAGCCCGACGCCGCCUCGGUUCUCUCACAGCUUUCCAUGCCGCUUGCGCUCGUCUCAAGCAACUGGUCAUGCGACUGGCUGGCUGCAUCCAUGGGCGACAUCCCCGUUGCCGCCAUCUAUGCCAACGACUUGGUGUUUGGUGACAAUGGCAUCUCCACCGGCGACCUCGCCUUGCGCAUGCAGUCGCCGUUUCAGAAGGCGCAACGCGUGACCACGCUGCAAGACAACGCGAGCAUCGUCUACAUUGGCGACGGCGUCAACGACCUCCUCGCACUGCUCGCAGCCGACGUCGGCAUCGUCUUUGGCAACCCGAAUGCGUCAGCUUCCCGUGUCGCGCGGCGUUUUGGCGUGCGCCUCGUCGAUCUCGUGGACGAAAAAGCUUUCUCUGUCGCGGCGUUGGCGGCCCAUGCGGCGACAGCCAAGGCAGAAAACGCACCCUUGCUCUUCCGCGCACCGUCGUGGCACAUUCUUGGCCGAUUUCUGCGCUAAUCCAGAGGAUCGUUUUCAGUGGA